AUGAGCUCCUCGGGUCUCCAGCGCCGAAGGGUCGGGGGCCACGACUCUGGGGCGGAAUCGAACGGCCGGACAACUCCGACGGCAGGCGUGCAGCACGCCGGGUCUGCGUUCGCGGGCGGCAGCAAGAUAGCCUACGAUCCUAGGGAUCUCGAGGCCGAGGACCAAGACACGCGCGCGGGCGGAAAGCCGCCACGGUUGACGUUAAUGGAGGAGGUCCUCCUGCUCGGACUCAAGGACCAGCAGGGCUACCUCUCUUUCUGGAAUGACAAUAUUUCUUAUGCGCUGCGAGGUUGCAUCCUCAUCGAGCUCGCCCUUCGCCGGCGAAUUAUCGUACACAAGGAUCCAAACCGCCGCCGCAUCCCCGCCGCCGAGCGUCUGGUAGAGGUCGCGGACACACGCCAGACCGGCGAGACCAUCCUCGAUGAGACUCUGAAGAUGAUGAAGGCCCAGGAAGCGGAGCGCAUGUCCAUCAACGCCUGGAUAGACCUUCUGAGCGGCGAGACUUGGAACGUGCUCAAGAUAGGCUAUCAGCUCAAGCAAGUCCGAGAACGGCUCGCCAAGGGCUUGGUAGACAAGGGCGUCCUCAGAACAGAGAAGCGCAACUUCCUUCUCUUCGACAUGGCCACACACCCCGUCGCCGACGUUCGCGUCAAGGACACCAUCGUCCAACGCGUCGUUUCCCUCCUCACCUCUACCACUAGCACAUUGCCGUCUUCCGCGCUUCUCCCAGAGGGAACUCAAAUGCGGGCGCUCCGGGGCGCGUGUCUCGUAUGCUCCGCUUACGCCGCAAGUGUAUUGGACAACGCCUUCUACCGGCUAGGGUACGAAGAGCGUGAGGCUGCCUUCGCGCGAUGCGAUGACAUCCUCUCCGAGUUCUCGACCUGGCCACUCGGUAGCGCUUCUGCCGGUUCCAGCCGUAGGGCGAAAGGUUCGAGGAUAGGCAUGGGCAGUGCGAACGACGGACGAGAGGCGGUCGUCGGCUUAGUCCAGCAAGUCCGCGGAGAGUUGGUCGGUGGGGACGAGGACGGCUCGUGCGAGCUUGUCGCGGGUGUUCUCGAAGUGAUGAGCAAGCUUGAUUCCCUGCUCUGA